GAGUCUAGAACCUUCCCCUCCCCCUUCCUUAAAUUGCUUAUUAUUUCCCUAACCCUCAAGUAAUCACUACACACUACACACCAUUUUUAGAACUACACAGCUCAACCCAACUUCAAAAGAGAAAUGAAGGGAGUCACGGUGAAAGAAGAAGAAACAAUGGCCUACGCACCUUCUGCUUCCUCUUCAUCCACACCUUCAAACCUCUCUCCGCAACCCAUGGAAGGCUUGCACGAGGUUGGUCCCCCUCCGUUUCUCACCAAAACCUUCGACGUCGUUGAAGACCCAUCCACCGACGACGUCGUUUCAUGGAGCAGAGCGCGCAACAGUUUCGUCGUUUGGGACUCUCACAGGUUCUCCACCACCAUCCUCCCUCGCUACUUCAAGCACAACAAUUUCUCCAGCUUCGUCCGACAACUCAACACCUACGGUUUUAGGAAAGUUGAUCCGGAUAAAUGGGAAUUUGCGAACGAAGGGUUUCUGGCGGGGCAGAGGCACUUGUUGAAGACGAUCAAGAGGAGGAGGCACGUGACACAGACGCAGUCACGUGAGGGAGGGGGUGGGGCUUGUGUUGAAUUGGGGGAGUUUGGGUUGGAAGGUGAGAUUGAUAGGUUGAGGAGAGACAGGACAGUGUUGAUGGCUGAAAUUGUGAGGUUGAGACAGCUACAGCAUAACUCAAGGGAGCAAUUGUUGGGCAUGGAGACUAGGUUGCAAGCCACUGAGAAGAAGCAUCAACAGAUGAUGACUUUUCUAGCUAAAGCACUCAACAAUCAGGCUUUCAUUCAGCAGUUUCUUCACAGGAAUGCACAGAGCAUUGAGUUGCAGGGUGCGAGAAGGAAGAGGAGACUAACUAAUUCCCCCAGUGUGGAGAAUUUGCAGGAAGAUCCUGUAAUAAUUGAAGAAGGGUCGGCUACUAUUGAGUCGCAGAUGGAGUCUUUUUUCUCUGCUGCUUGUGAUGAUGAAUCCAGCACUGAAAUAAAGGAUUCAAUGUUGAGUACAGUUCCAACUGCAGGUGGGAGCAAUUUCGGGGAGGUGAGUGAUGCUAUUUGGGAGGACUUGCUGAACCAGGAUUUGGUUGCCGGGGAUCCCGAGGAUGAAGUUGUGAUGGAUGACUUUUCACAAAUUGAUGUGCCUGUGGAGGAUUUGGUAACCAAGACUGAUGAUGAAUGGAAUGAGGAUUUGCAGAACCUUGUGGAUCAUAUGGGUUAUCUUGGGUCCAAACCCUAGUGGACGUGAGGAAUUCUUGUUAUUAUUAUCUGGGGGCUCAGAUGAACUUCCCCCUUUGCACUAUUGUGCUGGGAAGGUGGUGGUUGUUGCAGAAGAGGCCAGCUGAUAUUGCUCUUUAUCUGUAUCCUUUGUAAAAAGACAUGUUUUGUGAAUAGCUGAGUAUUCUUGUGCCAAUGAUGAUAAUGCUAUUUUUACUCUGUUGCCUUGUUAAUAACUACAUUAUACGUUUUUGCAGGCCAGAUUAAAAGGCGAUGAUCAAGGGGGUGAAUGGGUGAUUGACUGAGAAAAGAAUUAGUAUUAUUCUAUCGAUGAUCUGCUAGAUUGUCAAAUUUUCAGUGUUGAGGGUGAAGUGAUAAGAAUAAUAUCAUUUGGCUCCUGUACAGUGCCCGUUUCCUUAGUAAUACGUCAUUGACAAUUCUUUGCGUAUCUGUCAUCACAUCUGGUUCAUUAUAAAUUUAAUACAAGAGAUAAGCAUUUGUCUUCAUGUUUAGACUUUUGUUCUGAUAAAUUCCUUUUGUAACAAUGAUCUGUUGCUCUGCAUAUGUAAUUUAAAAUCACUCAUCUGCUGUAUUUGGCUGAGAUUAUGUAAGUUUUAGUUCUUCAUAUUUAUGUUGAGCUUGUAUUUUUGUGGUUAAGAUUUUGUUAA